AUGGGCAGAGAUCUGCUCACCAAACUCCGGGCCAAAAUAACCUUUAACCCUGAUGGUCCCCAAGUGGAGUUUCUGAACCCUUCAAAAAGCCCUUUACUCUUUACAUUGAAAAAAAAAAAAGAAAUAGCCCAAGGAGUGAUCACUCAGACUUUAGGGCCCUGGAAGAGACCUGUAGCCUACCUGUCCAAAAGGCUAGAUCCAGUGGCUAGCGGGUGGCCCCAUUGCCUAAAAGCUAUAGCAGCAGCGGCCCUUCUAAUAAAAGAUGCUGAUAAAUUAACGCUGGGACAGAAGCUAACCAUUAUAGCCCCUCAUGCCCUGGAGAACAUCAUUCGUCAGCCUCCAGACAGAUGGCUAUCAAACUCUAGAAUAACUCACUAUCAGAGCCUGUUGCUUGACAAAGACAGAAUAACACUAGGACCCCCAGCCCCACUUAACCCAGCCACACUCCUACCUGAAGAAUCAUCAGAGCCUGUCAUCCAUGGCUGUCAACAUAUACUGGCAGAAGAGACCAGUAUACGACAGGAUCUAAAGGAUCAGCCACUGCCCCAUCCUGAGGUCGUGUGGUUUACGGACGGCAGCAGCUUCCUCCAGGACGGGGAACAACAGUCAGGAGAUUUAACUGUGUUGGAGUACCCAGGCAAUUUAACACCUGAGGACACUGAAACUGAACUCCUUGACUCCACCGGGCCUAGCCUGCAAUUUCAAAAAGCCCUACACUAUGUUAAAGAUGUGCAUCAACUCACUCACCUUGGUUCAAAAAAACUACAGGCAUUCCUGAAGGACCAAGAGCAGAAAUUUCCGCUGACCAGCACACAACGAAAAGAAAUAGCCAAACGGUUUUUUGUAGAUACUUUUUCAGGGUGGGUUGAAGCCUUCCCCACGAAAAAAGAAACAGCUCAAGUGGUAAUCAAAAAGAUCCUGGAGGACAUCUUCCCGAGAUUUGGCCUGCCUAAGGUAAUAGGGUCCAAUAAUGGACCGGCGUUCGUGGCCCAGACUUAAAGCUCUUGAAAAAACCCAGCAGUACCUGUGGAAACAGCUGGCUGCUUCCUGCCAACCUGGAGACGAAGGGACCCCACACCAAUACCAAGUGGGAGACUUCGUCUAUAUAAGACGACAUCAGGUGUCAUCCCUGGAGCCUCACUGGAAAGGAACCUGGUGGGCAUGUGACUCAGGGUUAACUCCUUGCAUUUCAGCCCAGAUAUUUAACAACUCUGUAAAUUAUUGUGUAAUGGUACAAAUAUUUCCCAGAGUGCUCUAUCAUGACGCAAAUACAUUUGAAGAUCAAAUAAGGGGAUAUACCACCCGAUUCCGCCGGGAACCUGUGUCCCUCACUUUAGCCAUAUUAUUAGAAAUAGGAGUUGCUACAGGAGUGGGUACAGGAACUGCUGCCCUGGUCCAUGGGUCUCAACAAAUGGCCCAAUUACAAGCAGCAAUAAAUCAGGACUUAAAAACAUUAGAAACCUCCAUCACAGCCUUACAAGAGUCCCUAACCUCUCUCUCUAAAGUUGUUUUACAAAAUAGACGAGGGUUAGACCUCCUCUUCAUGAGGGAAGGGGGACUCUGUGCUGCCCUAAGGGAGAAAUGUUGCUUCUAUGCUGACCAUAGUGGGGUAGUCAAAGAAUCAAUGACUAAAUUAAGAAAACGCCUUGAGGAGCGACAACGAGAGAGAGAGAGAGGCUCAAAAAGGAUGGUUUGAGUCUUGGUUCACACAAUCCCCCUGGCUAACUACACUCUUAUCAGCCCUAGCUGGUCCUUUAAUAAUCCUCAUGUUAUUGUUAACUGUGGGACCCUGUUUACUCAACCGUGUGGUCUCCUUUCUUCAAGCUCAAAUUGGACAAGUUAAACUUAUGGUAAUAAGACAACAGUAUGUCCCUUUAGCAGACACAGAGUGUGAUACCCCUCAAUAAUCUUGUCACUUCUAAGAUUAGAAGUACUCAGAAAAAGAAGUGGGGAAUGUAAAGGUUAAAUUUAAGUUUUGCUCUCCUGUUAAGUUUAAGUUUUGCUUUUCUGUAAGUUUAAGUUCUGUUUUCCUGGAACCCGAAACUUAUGUUAAAAACAGUUACUUAUGUCAAAAUGUACCCUGACCCAACACCCCCUGACAAAAGGCAUGAUUAUUCUGUAAUGGUUAUUUUGUAACAAUCCCACCCUCGCACCCUAACUGCCAUAUGAACUUCCCUGUUUAAACACUGCAUAAAAACUCUGCUUAAGCUGUGCUCAGGGCUCCAGCUUCUCUCAGGAGAACUCUGAGCCCCAGCAUGCUGGUCCUAUAAACCCCUUUGCUUUUGCAUGAGAUAGUCUCUUGGUGGUCCUUUCCUCUGACGUUUGCCCGACCCUAACAGCUGGUGGUAUCCUGGUAUCCCAAGAAGUGAGAGCAUCCUGCACCUUUUAGACAUUUUAGACUUUCUUUGUUUUCCUGAUCUCUUCCCCCUUAUCUCUUCCUUCCUGAUGAGGCCCAGGAGAUGCUGGUGGAAUGACCAAAAGGUGAGAAGCAGGUGGGCUGGAAAGGCCAAGGUGGAGUGUUGGGGCCGGAAGGGAGCUGCAUCCCAGGAGACCUUAAUUAGCAGCUCCCUGUCUGUUCAGGGGGUGCUUCAUGAACCACCUUCUAGGAGGGGCAGUAUAUGUAGGGAAUCCUGGUGGUCAAAGUGCUCAGGAGGCAAUUACCAUUCUAGUCUCCCAGGGGUGGUCUCCAACUUCCUGGACUCCAACUGGCCUCCAUCUUCUCCAUCGACCCUAUUACCUAUCUACAUUGACUGCCUGUCUUUAAUUCUGGCUUCAAUAUGGUCAUGGGAGGCAUUAUUUGCCCCUUAUACCAUGUAAUGACUCAGUGAGAAGGUGCCGUCCAUGAGUGAAAAAGCCGAAAGCAAGCUCUCCUCAUACUCCCAAUCUGCUCGCAUCUUACUUUCUUUCUUCUUCUUCUUCUUCUUUUUUUUUUUUAAUUUUUUUUUCAGACUGAGAUUUGAACCCAGGAGAACUUUACUAGUGAACUACAUCUCUAGUUCUAUUCAUUUUUACUUUUGAGAAGUAUUGGCAUGAGAUCACUAUUGGCAUCAGAUCUGCCAUUUUAGGUCGGGAGCCAUUUUAUUCAGGGCCUCCCAGGCUUCGAUAUAGGAGCCAUUUUAUCUAGGGACUCCAGGCUUCCAUUCCGAAUGUGCCUGCUAGAAGGUUCACCCCACCCCAGCCCAGGACACAACCCCUAAGCAUGCUUGUUGCUGCUGUCCCAGGAAGGACAGCCUUGUCAGUUUGCUCCAUGCUACUGCCAACAAAUCUCUUGUGAGGGAUUCAGGACCCUCCUCAAACCCCAGACUUUGACCCCCUUGAUGGACCCCCUUCCCACCGUUCUCCACCUUCUGCUCUGACCCCUCUGGGACCUCCCUCACCUACUUUCUGUCCACCUGCUACUCCUUCUUGCUUGGCGCCCUCUACCCAGCCUGCACCCUUGCUUCCCUUUUGAUAAGUAGCAGGGUCAGAGGGAGUUGUCCAGGUACAUGUCCCUUUCUCCCUUAGUGACCUCUCCCCAGUGGAAAGGAGGCUAGGGUCCUUCCCCUCCAAUCCCUCAGGGUACAGUAAGGAAUUCCAAUACCUAACUCAAUCAUAGGAUCCAACUUUCCAUGAUUCUAUCCAACUGACUUCUACCUGAGGAAGGCAGGAGAGUUUGGGAGGCGGGUUAGGAAACAGCAGUUUUACCCAGCUUCUUCCAGAUUUAUGUCAAGACUUACAUUGAAAUGUAAAUGGAAGAGGCCUGCAGACUCAGUAGGAGACUGAUCUGAGGCCCUAGGAAAAAGAAAACAAAUGUAAAAGUGUGUUUUACCUGAAUUCUUAGUAUACUAAACCCAAAAGCAAAUUGUAAGGCACCUUACUAAUUACCAGGUAGUCAUGAUUUCUAGGACCCUUUGGUUUUUUUUUUUUUCCCUCAGGUUCCAUAUUUUGGGAGCUCAUGAUUUGGAUCCUAUACACCCAGGUUAAUGUUUUUCUGAUCAGUCCUAUUUUUAUUCAACUUUUUAAACUUCUGUAACAUUGCAAUGAAGAUUUACCUACAGCAAGCUACAAGGCCUUUGCAAUUGUGUCCUGUGUGCACACCUGUGUUAUAUUUUGUAUGUCUAUAUGUGUGCACAUCGAUAUAUCAUGUACAUGAUAUCCAAAUUGGCAGAUAUACAAUGAGUGCUCAUAAAUUAAUAGAAAUGGAUCCUUUAAUUCACAUGAUUUAAGAAGGUUCAAUCUCAAUUGCGUAAACAGAUGAAAGUAAAGAUGUCUUUAGGAUUAUUUACCUCACAAGUCUCUCCAGGUGGUCAAAGAACUAUUAACUCUUGAUGUCUAUAGAAUGUCUAAUAUCCAUUGUUUCUAGGACUUUUCUUCAACAAGGGAGAAAUGGCUAAGACUGUUCAAUACGCUUGUCUGAUAUCUUCAUAAAAAUAAGUGUAUUAGAUUUGACAUGGGAUUACUCAUAAAUGUGGUUAUUAGACAUCUGAUUAAUUUAUAAGAUUAAGAUGCUAACUGUUAAAUAUAACAUAAAGUGCUCUUAAGUCCUUAAAUUCCACUAGGUAAAAUUUUUGUUGUUUUCUUCCAUUGAUAAAUAAAAAAAGGGGCUAAGAUUGCUUUGUUAUCACUGAAAACAAGUUUACUGAAAAUGUAAAGUCCCAACAGGUAUAAUACUUGAACAUUAUAAUUUCAUGAAAUGGUAAACAAAUGUGAUUCUCUAUACAAAGAGUUCCAAAAGUUUUAACUGUGUUUCAAUUAGAGUACUUUAAAUUACGUAGAGUAUUUCUUCUCAUUAAAAUGGAAUAAUCUGUCUAAAUUUAGAAAUUAACAAGGAUUGUUUCAAACAGUGAAUAAAAAAGAGAAUAACAGAUGGGAAAGGGAAAUUAGAAGGUUUUAGGCAUGGAACCAUAUUUAGUAGAAGGAAAAGAAAAUGAUUCUGGAUAAAAAAGACUUUGUUUGAUGAAAUAAAUAAGAGGAUCAAAAUAAGUGAUAAAAAAGUCUGUAUAGAUUGGAGAUAUAUAUAUAUAUAUAUAUAUAUAUAUAUAUAUAUAUAUAUAUAUAUAUAUAUAUAUAUAUAUCAAAGAAUCAGUGAAAGGUGUCAGAUCAGGCUGGGCAGGCAGCAACCAAAGUCGGCAGAUUUAAAAGGGCCACUGAACAGGCUUUACUGAGAUAUCACUCCCAGGCGGAACUCAAUCAGACCCACAGAGGGGACAGGGGAAGGGUCUGAGGAGAAACCGAGUGGAAGCUGGACCGGACUGGACUUUUAUGGGGCUUACAGCAGGAAGGGAAGGGCUUGGGACAGGAAAAGGUGUCUCUAGGAUCCCUUGCCCCCUUGGAGUUGGUCAGGGGAGUUGGCUGAACUCCAGGAUUGGCCAGGGGGUCCUGUUGAUUGACAGGCGUUAGUCAGGAGAUCUGGCUGAUUGACAGGCAUUUCCACUGGCAUCUGAUUGAUGUUCAAAGCAGCGCGGGCUGCUUUGUUCUAAGUUGCCACUAAGUCGCCACCAAGUCGCUGCCACGGACCUAACAUAAGGUAUUGAAGGUUUUUCCUAAGGUCAAAUAUUAAUGUAAUGAUAUAAAAGAAAGUUUAAUCUACUUGUUAAAAUGACAAUGAUUUCUUAAAUUGUUAAUUUACCAAUAACAUUGUUUUUAUUAAGUUUUACUUUUUAGAACAAAUAAUCGUGAGGGAAUUUAGGAUUAUACAACUGUUAAACAACAACUGUUCCAAGGUUUAAAUUUUGUUUAAAAGCUAAACUUGGUUAAUAUAAAAACAUCAAUGGAAUUAUGGUGCUAUUUCUCUUCUUUGUAUAUUAAGUGUGUACAUAUCUUCCAGGUAUACAAGUCUUUAAGAUAGAGGGUAUAAAAGAACAUUAUAUCAAACUGGUGUUCUCCAAACUAAAGUUGUAUGGUAAUUUUAGAUUCAUAAGGAUAAAAAACUUGAAUUGGGUAUUUAUUUAUAUCAUUUAAUUCUUUACAACCGGACCUGUUAUCAGUAAGAUGUGUAAAGCAUUUUGUUCCUUUUUACAGUGGGAUACAAUUUAAAUGUAUUUUUAAGUUAAUGAGUGCCUAAUCUAUUUAGAGGUCAUUAUUGUAAAACACAAAAGCAUUUUGCUACUUUUCUACAAAAAAAGCUAAAACCUCUCACCUUUCUUCUCAUGUUUUAAAUGUAAUAUUUUGUGUUAGCUAACUUUCAUAUGGGUUAGGUGGGUUUGAGGUGAUUAAGAACCUGUGUGCAUGUAAGAACCACCAAUCAGGCACCAACAGAACCACCUGUCUGUCAGCGGGGUCUCCUCACCAAUCCUGGUUCUUAGCAAGCUUCCCUGACCAACCCCAGGAGGACAAUGGACCCCAAAACCCCCUUUUCCUGUCCCAAGCCUUCUUCCUGCCCUAAGCCCCAUAAAAAUUUCAGACAGGUCCAGCCCCACUCACUUCUCUACCCGGCCUUCGGUCUGGGGGUCUCACUUGGGAGCAAAAUCUCAAUAAAGCCUCCUUCAGCAGCCUUUUCAAUCUGCCUCCUUUGGUCACUGCUGUCUGAACUUACAUCUGGUGCCGAAAUCCAGGAGGGAUUUUCUGGCCUCUCCCUUAAGGGAUUGAGAUCCACUCUCCCUACUUCAAAGGAACCAGGAAAUUCCUAAGCUGCUCCUUUCCCUCUCCCUUCAUCCAGGCCUACAGGAUUGGGGUAAGUUCCCAUGUUUCCCCUGAUCUACCAGUCCCUUUGUCUCGGGGUAUGGGGGGGGGGUCUAUCAGUAAGUCCUGUAUGUGCCAUAGACCUCCACCCAUUCCAUUCAAGGCCCAGGAACUGUGGAGACUUCCCAGUCCUUGCGUGACCUCUUCCGAUUCUUUUGGGCCCCUGGUGGGUUGCAGGGUCACCUCAACCUUAUCUGUUCCUUGGAUGAGUGCAAUCAGAAUUUGGGACACCUUCUUCUGUUCCUACACACCCCAGGGUUUCAGAAGGUCAUGGGAAACAGCGAGUCCCCCUUAGACCCCAAAUCUCCUUUGGGUUGCUUUUACCAAAUUUGGACUCACUCAAGACCUAAGCCGAAAACCCCUCGUCUUUACUCCACUGUGGCCUGGCCCCAGUGUGACUUAGACAGUGGGUCACAAUGGCCCCCAGAAGGAACUUUUGCUUUUAAAUACUCACUAAACUGGACAAUUUCCAUCACUGGACAGGAAAGUGGGCAGAAGCACCUUAUAUCUGGAGGCACAUUCAGGCAUUUUGAGGCUCACUCCUGUCCCCCCUUCUGCUCUGCCUGCUCUACUGCUCAAGCUUUCCUUGCUAGGGAAAAUCCCAAACGCCUUUCCCAUAGUUCUACAUCUCCUUCCUCAUUCUCAGAUCCACAGGAGCUGCUCUCAGCCCCACCUUCCUGUCUUCCCCCUCCCCUCCCACACCUGCACCCCUCCACCUCCUGCUGCUACCACAGUUCCUCCUCCCCGACUCCAGGACCUCUCCCUUCGUCCCUCUUCCCCUCCUGUCCCUCCUACUCUCCUGCAGCCAUGGCUCCUCCACCAAAUUCUACUACUCAUACAACCCUUCCUUCUCUUCCCACUCACUCCUCUCUUCUUCUGCCAGUACCAAUACCUAGUCUCAACAGGCCCUCUCAACAGUAACCCAAAGCUCCUUUGCCCUCUCAGGGAAGUGGCAGGUGCAAAGGGAUUGUCCGAGUACAUGUCCCAUUCUCACUUCAAGAUCUUUCCCAGAUUCAAAAGCGCCUUGGGUCCUUUUUUGCUGACUCUUCUAAUUAUAUUAAUGGACUCUGAUAACUCUCUCAGACUUAUGAUUUUACGUGCAUGACUUUAUGUCACUCUUUCCUCCACCCUGGAUGACCCUGGAUGACUGAGCCAGCAUCCAGAAGGCCAAAUGAGAUCAUGCUGAUCAAAUUCAUCUAAAAGAUAUGACCCUCCCCACAGGUAAAGCAGCCACUCCCCUAACUGAAACCAAGUGGGACUAUCAAGAUGACAAACGAGGUCACCGUUACUGCACUCAUAUGGUUCAAUAUCCUAUACAGGCAUGCAUAUAGUUUCAAUAUGUUGGUUAAAUUUGAUAAGCUGAGACAAAUCACCCAAGAUUCAGAUGAGAAUCCAGCCUUAUUUCUCAAGUGCCUUACAGAGGCCCUCACCAAAUAUACUAAGCUGGAUUCUGAGUCUCCCUCCAGGGCUAAAGUGUUAGCAACCCAUUUCAUUACUCAAUCAGACAAUGAUACUAAAAAAAGGCUCAAAGGAGCUGAGGAGGGCCUUCAGACCCCUAUCUGAGAUCUGGUGAAAAUGGCCUCUAAAGUCUAUAAUGCCCAGGAAGAGUUGGCUGAAGUAGCCAAGAAGGAUCAAUUGCAAAAAAAGGGAACACUCCAAACCCAGGUCUUGGUGGUGGCCCUGAGGCCUAUGGCUCCAGCGAGAGCUUCACAGGGGAACCAGGAUUCCUCUCCACCAGAGCCUUGCUUCAAAUGUGGAUGCAAUGGUCCCUGGGCUUGCCAAUGCCCAAACCCAUGGCCCCCCACUUCAGGCUGUGUCCCACCAGUAAGCACACAGGAGAUUGGAAGAGCAACUGCCCCAUGGCUGGCCCUUCCUUGGUACCUCCAUGUGUAAGUAUGACUAGUCAGGCUGUCCCUUCUCUUGAACUAUUGGGGUUCACAGAAGACUGAAGAUGCCUGGACUCGAGGAUCCCUAUCACCCUCCCCAAGCCCAGGGUAACACUGCAGGUAGUGUGUAAGUCCACAACCUUUGUUGUGGACAAGGGAGCAACCUAUUCUGUCUUGCCUGCCCACACUGGGCCUCUGUUUCCUUCCCAGGUCUUGGUGAUGGGGAUUGACGGCCAACCCUCCUUCCCAAACAGAACUGCUAAACUGACCUGUGCCCUGGAGGGACACCCUUUCACAUACUCUUCUCUGGUCAUUCCAGCCUGUCCGGUUCCUUUCCAGAAAGAGAUAUUCUCCAACUACUAGGAGCCACACUCCAACUACAUCCCUAGAGUACUACCACCCAUCUUCUUUUACCUUUAAUCCUCAACCUCUCUAAUAACCCAACAGUACCUACUAAACUAGUGGAUCCCCAGGUCUGGGUCACCUCCAAGUCAGUCGUAGCCUCCCACCACAAGCCAGUCUGUAUCUAGCUGAAACUUCAAACUAAAUUUCUUUUGCAUCCCCAACUUUCCAUCUCCAAAACCCACAGGAAAGGACUUAAACCCAUCAUAGACUGAUUACUUGCCCAGGGACUCCCCAUCCCUUCUCACUCCCCCUCCCAUACUGCCCAUACGCAAACCCUCCGGAGCCUAUCACUUAGUCCAGGACCUCUGCCUAAUUAAUGAGGCGGUUAUUCCCAUCCUUCCAUUGGUUCCCAACCCUCACACUCUUCUUUUGCAUAUUCCCCCUUUGACCACUCACUAUAUUGUCCUGGAUCUUAAAGGUGCCUUCUUUACAGUGCCUCUCCAUCCUGACUCUUAUUACCCCUUUGCCUUCAUAUGGGAAGAAGCUACAUCCUUUUGGCCUCAGUAGCUGACAUGAACAGUCCUACCCCAAGGCCUCAGGGACAGUCCCCACCUCUUUGGGUAAGUCUUGGCACAGGAUCUAACUGCUUGUGACUUGGGGGAGAGCACUCUCUUACAGUUGGAUAGAAGCCUUCCCUACCUCCAGGGAAACUGCUGACACCAUCUCCUCCAUCCUCAUCAUGCAGAUCAUUCCCAGGUUCAGACUUCCCGCCUCCAUCUGGUCAGAUAACCAUCUGACCUUCAUUUCUCAGGUGGUUCAACUAGUCUCCAAAGACCUCAACAUAAGUUGGAGGCUCCACAUCCCUUACUGACCCCAAUCCUUGGGUAAGGUUGAGAGGGCUAACGGCAUUCUCAAGGACCAUCUCACCAGACUUGCUAUUGAACUCAGGCUGUCUUGGCCCAAUCUCCUGCUUUCCAAUCAUUCCUUGUCCCCUUGUGUCCUUCCUGUCCUAUCUCAUACUUCUACACAAAAUUCUAAAGGAACACACAGACUGUUGCCUUCCUGGGCCAUCCAUUGACUCAAUCCCAGUACAGCCACAAACUGAAUCAGACCCCCUUCUACAGGGCGACACUUCUUACUUCAGGAAUUGCAUCCUCAAUCAUUGGAACCUCGAUGGAUGGGAACCCGAAAAGACAUACUUACAACCCCAAUGGCGGACAAGCUUUUGGGCCUCUCCCCCUGAUACUGUGUCUCCUGCCUUAAAAAAAAUUUCCUCUUCCAAAUGUUCACUCCUGGACUUCCAGCACUCUGGGGUCCACCAAACUCAAGAUUUCUUGCCGACCCUCUUUUUCUUUUAGUAAUCGUUACUCCUCUCAAGCUUCUAUCCCAACCCACAGAUGGUUCUUCUACAUCCAAGAGACAUGGCACCCGGAUGGCACCACCUGCUCUCAGUUUAUGGGUCAGGGUGAUUGUCCUUCCAUUGGCUGUAAUAGGGCAGUCACCCUUAACAUUACUGGAUUCAACUGAGCCCCCUUGUCCCACCUAUGUGCAGCAAUGCUAUGCUUCAUAUCAGACCAAACUGAGGAAUCUGGUAAGGGCUGACCUGACACCUAUGGUGGGUGCCCUUAUAAUUCAUGCAAGAAAUGCUUCCUAGAUCAGCCUUGGUAUGAGAAACAAGCAUAUACCAAAUUAAUUCUUUGGAAACCAUGGGACCCAAAAUGGGCUUCUGGUGUUUUGGUAAAUUUUAUUCUUGGGGUUCUCCAAGCACCACUCAGCUUCUAUCAGAAUAUGCAGAACUUAUAUACAAGUGUUCCCUCAAAUUCACAAAACCAUCCAGGAGCAAGAGAAGGAACUCCAACACCAGCUGGAUGCAGCUGCUCAUCCUAAAGCUGACCCUUUCUCAGGGAUGGCCCUAAUAUGUCAGGGCCUUCAGCUUCUCAGUUUAUCCAAAGUUAAUGACAUUUCAGACUGCUUCCUCUGCACAGGUUUGCAUCGUACUCCGUUAACUGGGAUCUCCAUUGAUCUUCCUCUCAAUACCUCAACCAUACCCUAAGAGCCCCCUCUCCAGCCUUUGAGGAAGUCACUCUUUUUGAUAACUCAUCAAGGAAUUUCCCCUGCUGCUACAUUGCCUCUGGUUCAGCACCCUGUGACCAAAUCAUUCAAAUCACUUUCCCAACAUUUGUUCUGCUGGGGUUCUUUUUCUGUGGCAAUGUUACCCUCACAAAAAUUCUAAGCCUAACAUGCCCUUUGCUUUUUAUAUUCCUUCCAUCUUGGGCACUCAAUAAACUCUGUACAGUGAGGCUGAAUUAAUAUGACUUGUUACUAUCUCUCUUUCCAGGACAGAUGGACCGUCUUUCUAACAGUAGUUGUUGGACUCUCUCUUGCCUCCUCACUCACUGCCUCUGAACUGGGGACAGGAGGACUUGGUUAUGCAGUAACCACUACUCAGAAGCUUGAACAACAACUUCGGGAAGUGGUAGAGGCAUUGGCCAACCCUAACUUCCCUACAAAGGCAAAUCACAUCUAUUGUUCAAGUUUCAUUACAGAAUCUUCGAGCCCUGGGUCUUCUGAUGGCAGACAAAGGAGAAACUUGUCUAUUCCUGAAAGCAGAAUGCUGCUAUUAUAUCAGUGAAACUGGAUUGAUCAAAAAGAAUGUCAACACCCUCCUUUCAUUUGGGUGAAAGGCUUAAACAGCAACAAUCAAAUGACCCUUGACCCUUGUCCAGGCUGGCUAAACUCAACCCUCAUUACAAUGGCUGACUCCCA